CAGACCGAGAGCGCAGGAACAGCUGAGAAAGGACAACAAAGCAACGACGACGACGACGACAACCGUACAACUGCCUAAAAGGUAGAUUUGAAGAGAUAACAAUUUAACAUAAACGCGGGUAAGUUCCAGAAGCAACAUGGGGCGCAUCUUCCUGGACCACAUCGGGGGCACGCGCCUCUUCUCCUGUGCUAACUGUGACACCAUCCUGACCAAUCGCUCUGAGCUCAUCUCUACCCGUUUCACUGGCGCGACAGGCCGAGCCUUCCUGUUCAACAAGGUGGUGAACCUGCAGUACAGCGAGGUGCAGGACAGAGUGAUGCUGACAGGCAGGCACAUGGUGCGAGAUGUCAGCUGCAAGAACUGCAACAGCAAGUUGGGCUGGAUCUACGAGUUUGCCACGGAGGACAGCCAGCGCUACAAGGAGGGUCGCGUCAUCCUGGAGAGGGCGCUGGUGAGAGAGAGCGAGGGCUUCGAGGAGCACGUCCCCUCGGACAACUCCUGAGGCCACACUGGGAUGACUUGCUCGCUACAUCCCCCACCGCCACCCUCACCCCCACCCCACCCCCCCUCUGAAGGCCCUCUGCCCUAUCCCCUGACCUCCACAUUUCCGAGCCAAAUCCCAAUCACAGAAACAGACCUUUUGACCCCCUUUGGAUUGGCUGGAUCUCUUGAUGCUGUUUUGGCUUUGUGUGACCCCCCCCCCCCCCCCCCCCCCCCCCCUUUGCCCCACCCCUCAGAGGACUUCCUUCCUGAAUACUUUGACAAGGUCCCUCCUUUCCCACUCUGUUGAGUUCAUGCACGCUCACACACAGACCUGUUAACACCAAUGCGCAAGUUUCAUGGCACACAACUUUGGUCACACUCACCCACACAUUCACACAAACACAUUUACACACACACACAAACUCACAGGCAUGCUACUUAAGAGGAAACAUUUACCCUGCUGUUGUGUCACCAGUAUAGCAGCAGUCACGGUAGAUAGGUACCGGGACAAAAUAGGAUUGUUUUGUCAACAGAUUCCAUCAGUUUAUGCACAAGGACAUUGGCAUGAAUCUUGUUUAAUAGUCUGAUAAGAUAGUUAACAUCACUGCUAGCUGACACACAAAAACUCUUAGGGAUAUUAUGUUUAAUGUACAGUCUGCCUAGUGUUGUGUUGUGGUAAACCUUGUGUCAGUGUUGUGUACUGCACCUGUCCGUAAGCACAACUCUGACUGUCAAUAUUUGGACAAGCAUUGAUUUAGGUGACAUAUUGUUCUUGCACAAAUUGAUGAAAUGCUUUUGAAAUGGCAGCCAAAAACCUCUGUAUUCCAUUCUUGCUGUGUGAAUCUUGGACAUGGAAACAUCUUCUGAGGAUAGCAUGUAUCAACUUCUAGCCUAUUUCAUCAAGCUGAUUCUCUAAGCAUGGAUGCUGCGCGUGUGCAGUCAAGACCGACCGGUCGCUCUCUGACUUGUCAAAGCGACAGACCUCCCCUUUACCCCCCCCCCCCCCCCCCCCCCCCCCUUUCCCGGAGCGUGUGAGGAGUGUGUGGGCCAGGGAUUUCUCUCACGAAUGCUUGGAGCAUGGUAGACACGUGCCCCAAGAGACUGGUGGCCUGCUGUGCCGGCGCGACCUGGACACAAACUGCUGCUCCCAAACCUAAGCUGUGCAAGGAAGAGAGGGGGGCUUUCUUAGCCAUGACCUCCCUCAGUCACCUGGAGCCUGCCAUCUCCAACCCUGCCCAGGCCAACGUGCAUUCGGUGGACAUGGGCAGAUUAUUACAUUAUUGCUUCUUCUUCUUAUCAUUUUAUUAUUAGUCGGUAUACUUAAUGUACGAUUGCAUUAUUCUUAGUGAGAUUUUAUGGUUUGAAUUGUUUGAGAUGGCUCUUGUGUUAUCUGUUUCUUGAUGAGGUAAAAAAAAAGCAAGCUUGUUUUUUUUCUGUUGACUUUUGCCUAGAUUUAAUCUCUAGUAAAGAUUUCUGAAUAAAGUAUCAAGUAUUGCAGAA